UAAACAGCUCGAAUUAUUGCCCAUAUCUUGUAACAAACCUGAUUGAUAUCGCAUCAUUGAGAACAACCAUGUCCAAGUCUACAUUGUCCAUUCUGGGCUGUGGCAACUUAGGCACAGCCAUCUUGAAAGGUCUAAUCAACAGCCCCAAAAAGCCAUCCGCAGCAGGUUUCGAUAGAUAUAUUGCGUGCGUCCGAAGUACCGCGUCCAAAAACCGCUUGGUAGAUCAAUUCCCUACACCCUACAAAAAUGGAUCCUUAACCAUCUCGCAAAACGAGACGGCCAAAGCAGCAUCCGAAUCCGAUGUCGUAAUCCUGGGCGUAGAUCCAGCAGACGUCGAAGCAACAAUGAAGCAAACAGGCCUUGGCUCAGCAUUAAAAAGCAAGCUGCUUAUAAGCGUAGCAGCCGGCUGGACACGCGAAAGCCUAGAGAGCAUGAUCCCCACGGCGAAUGAAGCAGCCGGAAGCGACAGGACGUGGGUGCUGCGAACUCUACCCAACAUUGCAGCGCUGGCGUCUCAAUCCUUGACUGCAAUCGAAGACCCGCACCCAGACAUGCCCGUGAAACAUCUUAAUACUGCUUCUGCCAUCUUCUCGCAGAUUGGCAGAACGAUUCAAAUCGCACCUCGUCUGAUGCCCGCUACGACCGCGGUGGGAGGGUCGACACCUGCGUUCUUCGCGGUUAUUUGCGACUCAAUGAUUGAUGCGGCCGUUGCUGUAGGUGUUCCCCGAGCUCAGGCGCAGGAAAUGGUGUAUCAAAGCAUGAGGGGAACUGCGGAGAUGCUGCAGAGUGGACUGCAUCCGGGACUGCUGAAGGAUCAAGGGACAAGCCCAGAGGGCUGCACGAUGGCUGGAUUGAUGGUGCUGGAAGAAGGCGCGAUUAGGGGGACGGUUGGAAGGGCCGUCAGGGAAGCGGUCACAGUUGCACGUUUGAUGGGUACGGGCGAUGACUUACACGUCAAUGAUACGAGACAACCCGGUGCGAAAACUUGAGUGGCCUUGUGGCGUGGGCGAAUCUGUUCAUCGUGAGGGGAGAUCAUGAAGCACAAUGCUUACUCCUUGCUCCUCCGCUCAAGGUUUGGAUAUGAGAUCGGGCAUCGGGGAGGAUAUGAGAGGUAGAAAUUUGUUGAUGGAGCAAUCACACCACCAUGUGCGGGUCUGCACAAAAGAAUAUGCACAUGUGGAUUUUGAUUCGAAUGACCACACUGAACAGGUAUAUCAUCAAUUUCGGU